CUAAAGGUGUCGUCGCGUUUCCGGGAUUAUCCGGCACCUGAUGAGCACGGGACGUGACGUCACGCAGGUGGUAAACUCCGAGUUUGAGAGAGCGCAAACAGAAAGACGAGUUUUUGGAGCUGCAGGGAAGAUCCGAUGAUCCGGAGCAGCUGAUCUGAUUUGUUGUUUUCUUCACGGUCGGACCGUGAACGCACCGCCACAGACACACAGAGCAAUCAGCUGAUUUUUGUUUUGGAGCUUCAGACUCUUAACAUGGACUCUCCAGAUGGACAGCGUGGGCGGGACAGCGGCAACCAGCGGCGUUCCCCUCUCGACGUCAUCAUGAACCAAAUCCGCAGGAAGCGCACAGCGUCCGACAGGAAGCCGCUGGGACGCCUCCUGUCCUGGACGUCAGACCGGACGGGGAUCCCCGAGGACGGGGAGGCGGAGGAGAGAGGACCCGGCUCAGGUGCCGCUGAGGCGGCGGAGAGCGAGCGGGACGUCGGCUGGGGUCGAGUGUCUCUCUUCCUGCAGAGGCUCGGCAAGAAAGCCGACAGCAGCCGCCUCAGCCUGGCUCACUGCGACCUCACUGCUACAGACCUGCUGGAGCUAGCGACGUUGCUCCAGUUUCUCCCCCAGCUGGAGGAGGUGGACGUCUCCUGGAACGAGCUGAUUGGCGGAUGUCUGAAAGCGCUGACCUCUCACCUCCAGCACGUGGGCGGGAUCCGAGCGCUGAGGCUCUGCAGCUGUAGGCUGAGCGCUGAUGACAUCGCCGCACUGGGUGAAGCUCUCAGCUGCGUGCCUCUCUUGGAGAUCCUUGAUUUAUCCUGGAACAGUGGCGUCGGUGGCGGCGGCGCUUUGCAAAGCCUGCUGGGUAACUUUCAUCCACCACUGAGGGAGCUCCACCUUGUGGCCUGCCAGCUCACUGCGGCCGAUGCUACUCUACUGGGAGGAGUCGUGUCUGCUCUCCCCAGACUCGGUGUGUUGGACGUUUCCUGUAAUCCUCAGCUCACACAGGAAGUUGACGUUGGCGGCUUCACGGCGCUGGCCUCCUCUCUCUCUCACGCCGCCUCCGUCACCACGCUUCGAUUACACGCCUGCGGUCUGACGCCGGACGGCCUCGAUGCUCUCGGUGGUUCUCUCUGCUGCCUCCCCUCAGUGCGAGAGCUGGACCUGUCCUGUAACAAAAGUCUGUCCGGAGGACUGAACCGCCUCACCGUCCACCUGGUUCACCUCACACACCUGGAGAGCCUCGACCUUCACCUCUGCUGUCUGACACGCCCCGACCUGGAAGCCCUGAUCCAGGUGCUUCCCUCUCUGACGGCGCUGACGGACCUGAACGUGUCGUCCAAUAAGGAGACAGGGGGCGUGGUCCACUCGAUGGUCUCCGCCCUCCCUCUGACGCAGAUGAGGCGUCUGCCGCUCAACAGCUGCAGCCUGAACGAGGAGUCCUUCACUGCCCUCGCUCUGGCCGUGCCGUACCUCCACAGUUUGGAUGUUUCCUGGUGUAAAGUGGUUGGUGGUCGCUUGGCGCUCCUCCUGGACGCUCUGCAGCCGUCAGUCAUCGUGGAGCUCCGCCUCAGCAGCUGUGAGCUCACCACUGAUGACCUGCGUCACCUAGCCGCCGUGUGCAGGCGUGGCUGUCUGUCCUCUCUGCGGGUGUUGGAUCUGUCCUACAACGGCUCGGUCGGUGAUGAAGGCUGGUCCAGCCUGUUCUCAGCAGGAGGCCUGAGCUCGCUGCAGGACGUCGACCUCAGCCUGAGGCCGUCCACCUCUGCUCCCUGCUCGGCCUGGCUGCCGCCGCUGCUCUCCGCUCUGCCCCGGCUGCCCGCGCUGACUCGCCUGGCCGUGCAGCGGUGGACGGUCGGCUCUCAGGACAGGAAGAAGCUGAGUCACUGCCUGAAGAAGAGGAGCGUCCUGCUGGAGUGGGAUCCACCUCAGAGAGAUGCAGGGCUGCUGUUUACGGCGACCAAUCAGGAGAGCCCAGAGGAGAGUCGUCCUGAGGAGUAGACACAUGAUUACCAGCACUCACACCUUCCUGAUAUUGUGAUCAGCAGACACAGGGCACGAUGAACUAACUGUAAAAAUCCAACUGGCUUCCACCUCAGAAAGUCUUCAGCAGGGUGGCAGAGCAGGUCUAGGCCGUCGUCUGUAUUAUCUACAGAGACCCAACACUUCUCACCAUGAAACGUGGAAAACCACCGUCAAUAAAACCUCCAGCAGAAUCUGCCAUGACCGCCAGAGGACAAAAAAUGUGUGUGUGUGUGUGAUAGGAUGAAAAGCUGCAGAUCAGAUCCAAAGAUGAUUUUUUAUGUCCGAUGUAUAAUUUCAAGAUCGAGAGUAAAAGUUUCAGAGCUGC